GGACUAGUGUAUGAAAGCUGCCGACUAAACCCGACCAUCAAACUAAUUUAAUUGUUUGACAAAUAAAUAAUAAUUUCAACAGAAUCCGAUCGCCAUUAGAAAUUAAUUUGCGUUCAUAUCAUAUCUUCACCCAGAUUCAAUACAAUACUCUCUCACAAAUUUCUUCUGUUCUCAAUUCACGCGGAAUCACACGUUCUCUUGUUCCAUAAUCAAACCCGCUGUAGCUGAUUGCCAAAUAAUCGCAAUUGAAAACCCUAAAUCCACCCAAAAUUAGGGUUUUCUCUACCUAAUUAGCAACGAAGAAGAUGGAUAGAGAGUUUUUCAGGCGAAUGUAAUACGAAAUUGAGUGACUAUAUUGUAUAUUUGUAUGUAGCUAUAAAAAUACUGAUACAAAAUUAGGGUUUUCUGUACGUAAUUAGCCUUAAAUAUCUUCUGAAGAAGAAGAAUAGAGAGUUUUUCAGGUGAAUGUAAUAUGAAAUUGAGUGAGUAUAUUGUAUGCAUCUAUAAAUCUGUAAUAAUACAAAAUUAGGGUUUCAGGUACGAAGCGAUCGUAAUUAGUCUUAAAAAUCUUCGGAAGAACGACGACGAAGAAGAAGAAUAUAUAGUUUCUCAUUGAAUGUAAUAUGAAACUGAGGGAAGAAUAUAUAUUGUAUGUAGUGAUGCUAACACAAAUUUAGGGUUUCAUGUACGUAAUUAGCCUUCAUUGCUAUUGGAAGAACGGAGAAGAAGUUUCGCAGUUGAAUGUAAUAUGAAUUUGAGGGAGAUUAUUGUAUCUAGUGAUACGAAUACAAAUUGCCAUAGAAAUGAGAGAAUCAAAAAGUGGGAGGUAUAGUGCAGGGGAAUUGGUUUCGGCUAAUAAUAACCAUCGGAAAAAGCUGAAGCGUAAUCGGCGGCACCGGCGUUGGUGGUGGUUAUGGCUGCCGGCGGGAUUGGGCAAAGGACAGAGACGGCGGAUCCCAUGGUCAGUGGUUUGUGGUGUGAUCUUGUUUGCUUUAGGUUUAAUCUCGCUGUUUACUGGCCAUGUGGCUUCGAAUCUCGAGUGGUACUCUCAGAAACUCGUUAAACAUCGGUUCUGGUACAGCAAAAAGGGUGGAUUUGGUCAUGGACCAAUUGACAUAUGGAAAUCCAAGUCAUCAAAGUUCUAUUAUGGAUGCAGUGAAAGAGGCCCUCAUUAUGCACCUCCUGUUCAUGAGCCACUAUCAAAUGGCUAUUUGCUCAUUGCUACUAGUGGAGGCUUGAAUCAACAAAGAAUCGGAAUAACUGAUGCUGUUGUUGUUGCACGCAUAUUGAAUGCUACGUUGGUUGUUCCUGAGUUGGAUCAUCAUUCGUUUUGGAAAGACGAUAGUGAUUUUGCAAACAUUUUUGAUGUGGAUUGGUUUAUUUCCUUCCUUGCGAAGGAUAUUCAAGUUGUCAAAAGGGUCCCAGACAAAUAUAUGCGGGCACUUGAGAAACUCCCGUACACCAAGCUGGUCCCACGGAAAUCAGAACCUCAGUAUUACCUUGAUGAAGUUCUGCCCACACUCUUAAGGCGGCAUGUUGUUCAGCUGACAAAGUUUGAUUACAGGCUUGCCUACGACCUAGAUGAAGAACUACAAAGGCUACGGUGUCGGGUCAAUUAUCAUGCUUUGCGUUUUACAAAACCGUUACAAAAACUUGGUCAUAAACUGGUGAUGGAAAUGAGGAACAUGGCAAAGCGCUACAUUGCUGUUCACUUAAGGUUUGAACCUGAUAUGCUUGCAUUUUCUGGCUGUUACUAUGGUGGCGGCGAUAAAGUGAGAGACGAGCUUGGUGAAAUCAGGAAAAGAUGGAAAACUUUGCCUGAUAUACUUUCUGAUGGAGAGGCGCGGAAACAAGGGAAGUGUCCCCUUACACCUCAUGAGGUGGGACUGAUGUUACGUGCACUGGGUUUUAAUAAUGAGACAUACAUUUACGUUGCAUCUGGUGAGAUUUAUGGUGGAGAAGCAACUUUGCAGCCUCUUAGGGAACUUUUUCCGAAUUUUUACACAAAGGAAAUGCUAGCUAGUAAAGAGCUCCAGCCUUUUCUUCCCUUUUCCUCUCGUCUUGCUGCCAUAGAUUACAUUGUAUGUGAUCAGAGUGAUGUCUUUGUCACAAAUUACAAUGGAAACAUGGCCAAAGUUCUUGCUGGUCGAAGGAGGUACAUGGGUCAUAAACGAACCAUUCGGCCAAAUGCUAGAAAGCUUAGUGCUUUAUUCUUGCAACGGGAGAACAUGCCUUGGACCACUUUCUCUAAAAAAGUCAAAUCCGCCCAAAGGGGAUUUAUGGGUGAACCUGAUGAUAUGAAACCAGGGCUCAAUUUCCACGAAUACCCUUCUUCAUGCAUCUGCAAGAAAUCGUUUAAUUACUCUCACCCUGAUAACAAAAGAAUGACAAAUAAUGCUUCUUCAUAUGGACAUAAAGAAGGUGUUAAUAGUAGAGAUAAUGAUGCAUCAUCCUCACUUGCAGAGAAGGAAGAUGUUGACUUUUUAGUUGACUAGUCCCGACAAAGAAACUCGAUAUACGUUUGUAGAAUAAAUUUGGCCAUAUUUUGGUAUACGGUGUGCAGAGUUUGGUUAGCGGGCGCCAUGCGGCAUUAGAUUUGAAGUCACAACUCAAGAAGUGGCAUUCUGUUUACUUUUCAUGUUUGUAUAUGAAAAACCAACUUUAUGUUUAUAUUUAUAAGCUGUAUUUUACUAUUAUACCCUUCAGAUUGAACAUUCUGAAGCUUUUCUGUAUCAAGAAAUAGAUGUGCACAACUGCAUUAAGGAGAAUGAAAAAGCAGUUUAAGGAUUACUCUUUUGUAGUUGAA